AUGGAGCUGCUGGAGGACGAGUACGAAGACGAAUUAAUUGACGCAUUCGAUGCCCCGGAGCCUCAAGUGCUGACGCCUAGCAAGCGUCCGGCCCCUGCACCGCUGCCUACGCGUCAUAAUCCAGGACAACCGAGGCGUCCCAACGUCCAGGAAUUCCAGAACAAGACGGCGUUGUACCCGACGUUUGAUGAUAAGACUCCAGCUCCUGCUGUACCGGAGAUGGUGCCGUCUAGGACUGCUCAGCAAUAUGAUACAAGCAAGACGAUGGAGGCGGAACAUGUGCUUCAGUAUGAGCCACCGCCGCCUGCUCAGAUGUAUCAAGACGAUGAGUUUAUGUCGACGGAGGAGCUACAGAGACGACGACAGAAGAUUGAGCGCGAGAUGAAAGUCUACCAAGAGCGGUUCGAUCGUGUUGCACAAGCUCUGGCGGGGGAGACACCACACCAGAUUGAAGAGCGUAGGAAGCGAGAGGAGGAACGACUGGAACGCCAGGAGAAGCGGCACGAGGCCAUGGAGACGCGUCUGCAGCACCAGAUUGAGCGACUGGAGGAGAGAGAAGAGCGACGAGCUCGGAUUCAAGCUCGACACCAUCGGGCAAGUCGAAGUUCGUCCCCAAGCAGUCGUGUGGACGAAGGCGGGCAAGCAGAGGAUGUUGGGCACGGCCAGGAGGAAGCAGAGUAA